AUGUCCGUCUUGGUUACUGGAUGCACCGGGUUCAUUGCACAAUAUAUUGUCCGUGACUUACUUGACCAGAAUUAUAGGGUUAUUGGCACUGUAAGAUCUGCCUCUAAAGGCAAAAACCUGAAAACCCUGUUCAAUAACAACCCUUUUUUCGUCACCGAAGUGGUUGAGGACAUUGCUGUACCCAACGCCUUCGACCGCGUAUUUCAGAAAUACAGAGACGAGAUAAGGGUAGUUCUACACACGGCUUCGCCUGUCCAUUUCAACGCCGAGGACUAUGAGAAGGAACUGCUAAUUCCUGCUAUCCAUGGUACCAGGAGUGUGUUGGAAUCCAUAAAGAAGUUCGGCGCCCAGACUGUCGAGCGUGUGGUGAUUACAUCGUCGAUAGCUGCAAUGAAAGAUCCUUUCAAGUAUGAUGAUGAGAAUUUUGUAUACAAUGAAGACAGUUGGAGCCCCCUGACGUGGGAAACAUGCCAACUCAAUCCACAAGAUGCAUACCGCGGGUCGAAGAAAUUUGCUGAGCAAGUCGCCUGGGACUUUUUGAAAGAGAACAAGGAUGUCUUGAAAUACAAAAUGGCGACUGUCAACCCUUCUAUGAUAUUUGGACCCCAACUCUUUGACCAGAGUGUCACAAGCGUGCUUAACACCUCGGCAGAAGUGAUCAAUUCUCUUUUGCAUUCGGGACCAGACAAUGAUCUAAGCAAGGUGAGGAAUGAUUUCGUCGACGUUCGCGACGUUUCCAAAGCUCACUUGCUAGCUUUCCAGAAAAGCGAGUGCAUUGGACAGAGAUUGGGUCUCUCAUCGGGUCAAUUUAAUGGCCAAGACAUUGCCCAAAUUCUGAACAAACGUUUCCCUAAACUCGAAGGUACCCUUCCCAAAGUCACUGGUGAAGGAGCGUACAAAAAUAAUCCUUAUGCCAAGUUCGACAACUCUAAAACCAAAAAAAUUCUGGGAAUUGAAUUUAAAACUCUGGAAGAGACAGUCUACGACACUGCUGCCCAGAUCCUUAAGGUUGAGGGUAAGCUUUGA